ACAGCUGCAGCUGCAACAGUACGCGACCGUGAUGCCAGUCACAGUGCCAGUACACAACUCCGAGACGACGUCAAACUCACUCCUGCCACCACACCAGAUGCAGGGCGCACAGUCCACGGCCCCAACUCAGGAGGAGGCAUGCUGACGGAGCUACAGACAGCGAGUCCGAACGGUCACAACGGCUACCAGCAGCAGCCGUCACCCGGCCACAUGUCCGGCAACCGGUCACCCAACAUGGCCGUGCACACGGGACACAGCAUGAGCACGAGUCCCGGCCCGAUCUCCAACACAAACUCGAAUUCGCUGAGCGGCGGCGGCGGCGGCGGCAGCCGGCCGAACUUGAAGGUGGUCAUACCUAGCCCGUCGGGCAGCAACCUGCAUCAGCAGGGGCAGCAACAACAGCAGCAACAGCAGCACAACUCACGGACCUCGAACGCGACGCUGUCCACGCCUGAAGUCUCACUCGCGACGCCCAGCAACCCAGGUCUCCCUGCAUAUCCGUCCGCAUUGCCCUCUACCUUCCAACACAGUGACUUUCAACUGUCCGCAGACCUGACAGGGAUGUCUGGCUUUAACCACGCAGCAGGCAUGCUGUCUGGAUCAUGGUCCACGGGGCCACUGCCGGUCUCAGCCUCUAACCUCAGGUAUGGACAGAGACUCGCGCGGCCUCCUCCGAGUCACCUCGCCAGCGGCGGAGGCGGCGCGUCGCACGUCACCAUCAAGUCCGAGCCGAUGUCGCCGCCGCGCGACAGCCACACUCCGUCUAGUCACCACAGUCUCGUCUCGGGUCACAGCCACCUGUCGCCGCAGGGCUCCAGUUCCGACUCUCAAACGGGUAACGCCGAGUGCGACAGCGGGCAGGCGGCCAAGCGGCAGCGCGUCGACGGGUGGUCAUCGUAGCGUCGC